AAAACCAGUGUGAAAUCGUACAUUCCAGAAUAUUAAGCUCUUUACGCCCUUUUUUUUCAAAUUGUUAGGGAUCUUUUUGUUACGAUUUUGAACCCUGAUCUGCAUGGAUUCAAGAUCGGAGCGGACCUCCGCAGUGGUGGUCACAGAUGAUGCAAGUUAUGCCCAUAAUACGCUGGAUGCAAUUUGGAGUUAUGAGAACGAAGACCCCAAACGCUUCGACCCUCUAAUCAUCGUUCAAUCUUCUUCUUUAGCUCGUCUACCCUUAGAAUUAUCCUAUGCAGACCUGGUCAUUUUUAUCUCUAGAUCAAUUGAAGUUCCUGUUGAUGAGUUGUAUUCCGAAGUCUUUAGAGUUUUGACACCUGGUGGAAAGCUGGUAGUUUGUCGGGGUUUUCAGUCCGAGACAAAAGGAGUAGAGAUGGUAUUGUCUGCUGUUGAGCGCAAAUUAUUAUUGACCGGAUUUUUGGAUGUGGAACAUUUUCAACUUGCUCAGGCUGUUGGGAUCAAGGCUAAGAAGCCAUCUUGGAAGAUUGGAUCUUCUUUUGCUAUUAAAAAGACCGUGAAAAAUCCGUUGAAAAUUCAGAUGGAUGAUGACUCAGAUCUAAUUGAUGAAGAUUCCCUCUUAACUGAAGAGGACUUGAAGAAACCCCAAUUACCUACUGUUGGUGACUGUGAAGUGGGAAGCACAAGGAAAGCUUGCAAGAAUUGUACUUGUGGAAGGGCAGAACAAGAGGAGAAAGUGCAGAAGCUAGAUCUGACGGCAGAUCAGUUAAACAAUCCUCAAUCAGCUUGUGGAAAUUGUGGACUAGGUGAUGCAUUCCGCUGCAGUACAUGCCCAUAUAAGGGUCUUCCACCAUUCAAGCUGGGUGAGAAGGUAUCUCUGUCGGGGAACUUUCUUGCAGCUGACAUUUGAACUCGAACUAAUGGUUUUGGCCCGAAUCUUAGCUUCUGGUACUUGAUUACAUUAGAUACUGGUUUUGUUUGGUGGUUUAGCGUAAAA